GAAGAAGGUGGAGCUUGGAGAGGCUAUAACAAGUCACCCCUGAGUUUCACUUUUGAGUUCAGUCCAGGAUCACUGUGGUCCUCAGGUCUGGGAGAAGAACUGAGACCCAGGGAAGGAGAGAGGUGUCUGUGUUUCCCAGACUCCUAGAACGCUGUCCUCUUCCAGCAGACUUGGAAACUACGUGUUGCCUGUCGCCUCCACCGGGUCCUUGGCCUCUCCGUCACAGCGGCAUAUUGACCCAUGCGUUCGCUGUCAUUGCUGGCGCUGAGUAGACUGUGGGGUUUGGUAAAGCACUGAAGCCCCUGAGGGCAGGGCCAGCGUCCGAACGGCGGGCUCGAGGAAGCCGAGGAUCUGUGUAGUCAAUAUCCACCGUGGAAUCAUGGACGUCACUGGGCUUUCUGGUUUGCAGCCUGGAGAAAGAGCCUCAAGCUGCCCGCAGGAGGGCAUGCCGGGGCCUUCAGACAGUUUAGACCUGGUGCAGGAGUGCUUGCAACAAUUCACGGUGACAAGGACACAGCUGCAGCAGAUCCAAGCCAGCCUUCUGUGUUCCAUGGAGCAGGCACUGAAGGGGCAGGAUGGUCCUGCCCCUUCUGUCCGGAUGCUGCCCACAUAUGUGGGGUCCACGCCGCAUGGCACUGAGCAGGGGGAUUUCCUGGUGCUGGAGCUGGGGGCCACAGGAGCCUCGCUGCGUGUGCUGUGGGUGACACUGACAGGCACCCAAGAGCAUCGCGUGGAGCCCAGGAGCCAGGAGUUCGAGAUUCCGCAGGAGGUGAUGCUGGGUCCCGGCCAGCAGCUCUUUGACUUUGCUGCCCGCUGCCUGUCUGAAUUCCUAGAUGCUCACCCUGUGAAGAAUCAGGAUCUGAAGCUUGGGUUCAAUUUCUCUUUUCCUUGUCACCAGACAGGCUUGGACAAGAGCACCCUCAUUUCCUGGACAAAAGGUUUUAGGUGUAGUGAUGUGGAAGGCCAGGACGUGGUCCAGCUGCUGAGAGAUGCCAUUCAGAGGCAGGGGACCUACAAUAUUGACGUGCUGGCCAUAGUGAAUGACACAGUGGGCACCAUGAUGGGCUGCGAGCUGGGUGCUGGGCCCUGUGAAGUCGGGCUUAUUGUGGACACUGGUACCAAUGCCUGCUACAUGGAGGAGGCGCGGCACGUGGCUGCCCUGGAUGAGGACCGCGGCCGCACCUGCGUGAGCGUCGAGUGGGGCUCCUUCUGCGACGAACAGGCCCUCGGGCCAGCACUGACCACCUUCGACCGUGCCCUGGACCUCGAGUCCCUGUCUCCUGGUGCUCAGAGGUUUGAGAAGAUGAUUGGGGGCCUGUACUUGGGUGAGCUGGUACGGCUGGUUCUGGUCCACUUGGCCCAGCACGGGCUCCUCUUUGGUGGCUACACCUCUCCUGCAUUGCUGAGUCCAGGCAGCAUCCUCCUGGAGCAUGUGGCUGAGCUGGAGGACCCCACCACUGGGACAGCCCGUGCCCACACAAUCCUGCAGGACCUGGGUCUGAGCCCACAGGCCUCAGAUGCUCAGCUCGUGCAGCGCGUGUGCGCGGCCGUGUGCGCUCGGGCUGCCCAGCUCUGUGCUGCUGCCCUGGCCGCCGUCCUCUCCCGCCUCCAGCACGGCAGGGAACAGCGGGCACUGCGAGUGGUCGUGGCCACCGGAGGGCGAGUGCUCGAAAGACAGCCCAGGUUCCAGCGCACCCUAAAGGAGACAGUAGCGCUCUUGGCCCCAGAAUGUGACGUCUCCUUCAUCCCUUCUGUGGAUGGUGGUGGCCGGGGCGUGGCAAUGGUGACAGCUGUGGCUGCCCGACUGGCUGCCCACAGGCACAUCCUGGAGGAGACGCUGGCACCACUUCAGCUGACCUUGGAGCAGCUGGCAGUGGUGCAGGCACAAAUGCGGGAAGCCAUGGUCAGGGGCCUUCGGGGAGAGGCCUCCUCCCUCCGAAUGUUGCCCACUUACGUACGAUCCACACCCGAUGGCACCGAGCGAGGUGACUUCCUGGCCUUGGACCUCGGGGGCACCAACUUCCGUGUCCUGUUGGUUCGUGUGGCCGAAGGCAGUGUGCAGAUCAUCAACCAGGUCUACUCCAUCCCUGAGUGUGUGGCCCAGGGCUCCGGACAGCAGCUCUUUGAUCAUAUCGUGGACUGCAUCGUGGACUUCCAGCAGAGGCAGGGCUUGAUGGGACAGAGCCUGCCUCUGGGUUUCACCUUCUCUUUUCCGUGCAAGCAGCUUGGCCUGGAUCAGGGCAUCCUUCUGAACUGGACUAAGGGGUUCAAGGCAUCAGGCUGUGAGGGCCAGGAUGUGGUGCAUCUAUUACGGGAAGCCAUUAGGCGCAGACAGGCUAUGGAGCUGAAUGUGGUUGCCAUUGUCAAUGACACAGUGGGGACCAUGAUGUCCUGUGGCUAUGAUGAUCCCCGUUGUGAGAUGGGCCUCAUUGUUGGAACCGGCACCAACGCCUGCUAUAUGGAGGAGCUCCAGAAUGUGGCCAGCGUGCCUGGGGACUCGGGCCUCAUGUGCAUCAACAUGGAGUGGGGCGCUUUUGGGGACCACGGCUCACUGGGCACGCUCAGCACCUGCUUUGAUGCUCGUGUGGACCAGGCGUCCAUCAAUCCAGGCAAACAGAGGUUUGAGAAGAUGAUCAGUGGCAUGUACCUGGGGGAGAUCGUUCGCCACAUCCUCCUGCACCUGACCAGCCUCGGCGUUCUCUUCCGGGGUCGGGAGAGUCGCUGCCUCCAGACCAGGGGCAUCUUCAAGACCAAGUUCCUCUCUGAGAUUGAAAGCGACAGCCUGGCCCUGCGUCAGGUCCGAGCCAUCCUAGAGGACCUGGGGCUGACUCUGACCUCUGAUGACGCUCUGAUGGUCCUCGAGGUGUGCCAGGUCGUCUCUCGGAGGGCCGCCCAGCUCUGCGGGGCGGGCGUGGCUGCUGUGGUGGAAAAGAUCCGGGAGAAUCGUGGCCUGCAGGAGCUGACGGUGUCUGUGGGAGUGGAUGGCACGCUCUACAAGCUACACCCCCACUUCUCGAGGCUGGUGUCAGCUACAGUUCAGAAGCUAGCCCCUCACUGUACCGUCACCUUUCUGCAAUCCGAGGAUGGGUCCGGCAAAGGUGCGGCUCUAGUCACCGCUGUCGCCUGUCGCCUGACCCCGAUGGCCGUGUCUGAAGGAAUCUCCAAGAGCGGUGGGCUCUCCCUGGCCUGAGGCCUCAGGCAGGCUCAGCCACCACAGCUCCCAAAGAAACCCGUGUGUAGCCCCCACAACCAUGUGCCACACCCAGUGGCUUUCCGAGAGAACCAACACUCUGGUUAGCAAUAUAUAUAUAUAAUUUAUUUACA